UCAUAUGGUGGCAAUUACACUACACUCAUAUGUUUGUUUGGGAAUAAGUUAGACGUAAAUAAAAGGCCGUAACAGCGGCUGCGGUGAUUCAACAACCAUGUUAAGAGACCUUAUAACGUGGGUCUUGAAUACCUAUCUGGGCAAAUACUUGGAAAACUUAAACUCGGCGCAAUUAUCUGUUGCACUUUUGACAGGCGAGGUGGAGCUUGAGAACAUACCGAUACGAAAAGAUGCACUACGAGCGCUCAACCUACCGGUGGAGGUGGCCGGUGGCAGCAUACGUAAAAUCAAACUCCAAAUACCUGUCCGGCAGUUCCGAACCUCCCCUUGGUGCAUAUCGGUGGAGGGGCUCUUCUGCAUCAUUUGCCCAAAGAAUCUGGAGAGCUGGGACUAUACCAAAGAGAAACUACAGGACCUGGAAUACAAGCUAGCGGUCUUGGACAAUGCUGAGGCAGGCUGGCGGUCCGAGAAGGGAAUGCAAAUGGAUGCAUAUUACUUUUCCUCCUACAACAACUGGAUUAAAUAUGGCACGAAUAUGGCCACCAACAUUAUAGACAACAUUGAGCUAAAGAUAUUUGAUGUCCACUUCCGGUACGAGGACAGUGUGGAUGUGGGAAAAACCAAAAUAGCAACCGGCAUCAAAAUUGCAUCGUUAACCGCCCAGACCUGCGAUUCGAAUUGGACGAGCGGCUCGUUUAAGGCUGCCAACAACGAAAUGAACUACAAACUAGUGGAGCUUAAGGAGCUGUCGGUUUACUGGGACAUACUGCAUGAAGACAUUACGUGCCAGUCGUUCACCAAUCAGGAUAUUCUCAGUAAAUUGCACUCGACCUGCGAGCUGCGGCCCCACAACUUUAUCAUUAAGCCAAUUUGCGCAACUGCACGAUGGAAACGGGACAAGUGCAAACAGGUUAUACGCACAAAAGACAAGCCCAGAGUCUCGUGUGAGAUUAUAGUUCCUGAAGUAAUUAUAGAUAUUUCUAAGGACCAGCGCCUACAAAUGUUGGACAAACUUGCAAGAAUACGUAAAAUUAAGGAAAUCAGACAGUACAGACUUAAGAGGCCAAGUUGUAGUGUGGCAGAAGAUCCGAAAAUGUGGUGGAAAUAUGCCCUAGUUUGUCAUGGCUUCAUAUUUAAAACGAGAGAGGAAAACUUUGCCAUUAUGAGCGAGAAUCUGCGCUACAUGCUGCUCUACAAGCAGAUCAUUAUGAAUCCAAAUCAUAUUCUGUCCGACGAAGACAAAGAAUUUAAAAUCUAUAUAGAAAGCGACCGGAACGUUUCGGAUUUAAGUAUUCUGAGACGAAUAUGCUUUGACAAAGUCUUUAGCAAAGGUCUCGCCUUCAAGUCGCAAAAUGUAAAGGUAAAGAAAAUGUUUUUUCUUUGGUUUCCCAACUGGAAGGGCUGGUACACCAUUAUGCCAACGAGCCCUGCGAGUAACGAGCCGGAUGAGUCAAUCAAACAUUUGGAAGACGAUAUUUUGGUGGCCCUAGAGGACUCCAUGCAAAAUUCCUCCGAUCUCAAGUGUGAUGCUGUCUUUGGACACUUUGAAAUUAAGCUACUGAAAGGUCUGCUAAUCGUGCGAUCCGAUGAGACGAUUAAAGAUGCUUCGAGCCAAAAAUCUAUGGAAAUGCAAUUCAAUAAUUUUUCAUCGUUUCUUCAGCUAAGUCCGCUGUUCACUUCUUACACUGUGGGCGUAUCCCUAGAGGAAGUUUAUUUAUUAGAUAAAACCAACAGCAAUACCAAACACAAAUACCUAAUUAAGCCACAGACCGAGAACGCCCCAAGCGUGAAUAAUUCACUCGAAAAGGAUGUUCUAUUUCAGCUGCGAUACGCAAAUGCAAAUCAAUUGAGAUUUCAACUAAAUAUUAAGUCAAAGGGAUUGGAUCUGACAUACAACAAGGAUGCGAUUUACUGGAUUUUGGAUUUCAUAACCGAUUCGAGUGAAGAGAAUGUUUCAACAAUAGUCUCGAGCCGCGCGGGAAAGCGAAGGAAGAACUUUCUGAAAAACUGGAAUCAAUUGUUCAUUGGCAAUGAGGUUAAUCGCAAGACCUGGUUGUUUGAGAUUGAGAUAUUUGCACCGCGGAUCAUAUUUAUGGAGAACUACAAAGUUGCCAACUCGCUGAUGGUUCUGUUGGACUUUGGAAAGUUUGAAAUGAGAAAAAUGGAGGCGAAGAAAUGUCUUCCUGCUGUGGUAAUAGAUCCAGCGGCAGAUAACCAUCCACAAUUAGUUAACAAUGAUGACGAUGACGACGAUGAUGAGGAAACUUAUAUGACGCCAUGCUCUACGCCGCCUGCAUCGCAGAAAAGUGGUUCGGAAUCACCCACCAUCCGUGAGAAUGUUCAACAUUUUCUCAACAAGAACGUAGAGCUGGAAUAUGUGCUGCACAAUAAGAUCUACGACAAAUACUUCAUUAACUUUUCAAAUCUGCAAGUGCUGGUCUGCAAGUACGAGGAGCGGUGGCAAGCGUGCCUCAAAACAUCCUCGAACUUCCAUCUAAUUGACAAAUUUGAUAUAACAAUCACGCUGGAGCAACGUAACAUAUUCACAGUGGAUCCCGAAUAUCCAUCAUUCACUUUGUUCGGCUCCUGUCCCACCAUCCUAAUACACGGCAAUGAAGUGCUCAUCAAUAACUUCUUUGGCAUCAUGAAUCCAACUGUAGAUACGCUCAAAGAUGUGGGCAAAGUGUAUAGAGGAGGCAACCAAACGUAUGCCAGUGAGCAGAGGGUAAACAAUCUUGACAGCAUUGACGACAAAAGUCGAGUCGUGGUUGAGUUUGCCAUUGGACAAUUAGCCAUAGAGAUGCAGUCCAAAGAGAAGAGCAUAGCUGAGCUGCAGAUAAUCGGUGCGAGAGCGGGCCUAAUCAAGGAAUCAAGUGAAACAAAUAUAACAAUGUCUGUGCAUGGACUACUGCUGGUGGAUGCCAUACAAUCUUUUGGACCGGACUUUGAACUGCUAGUGGCCAGUCAUCGACAUGUGGGCAUGGAUAGUCUAUCGGGCAGCCUAAAGCAUAGUCCAAUCGCGUCGCCCAUCACGCCUGGAUCACCUUUGCCUUUUGCAUUUUCAGAAAAUGCAGUCAACAAUCUACGAAUGGAUGAUCCAAUUGCUGCCUUCUGUGACGAUGAGGAAUCUGCUUUAAUUUCUGUAAAAGUCAAAAUUGUUGCGCCCACUGCAAGCAAUGCAACGCAGCUGCACUCCACAGACAUUACCUUCAACAAUUUGGAUAUAAUCGCCAAUCAGGAUACCAUUCUUGAGAUUUUAAACUUUGCCAAACGAACGAUAUUAAGUCAAAGUACCAGCACAUUGCAAGACGAAAGCUGUGGCAUCAAGGAAGAGGCCUUGACAGAGCCAACCGAAUUGGAUGAGCCCGAUGCCACGCAGCAGAACCACAUCGAAAUAUUCUUCGACUUUUUUCGACUGAAUAUUUUAUUGUUAUAUAAAAUAAAUCACGGAGGUCGCAAAGUUGGAACUCUGACCUUAACGGAAGCCAAGAUAAAUGCCUCAUUUCAGUCGGAACUAACUGUAUUCGGAUCGCUGGGCGGCAUACAGAUCAUCGACAUAACACCCGAAGCCUUCUUCCUGCCAAGAAUACUGUCCGUCGGCCGCGAUCAAAUACUGAGGACCUCCGACUUGAAUAGGCAAACAGUUCUCAACAGACUUUCGCAUGAAAUAUACUCAAACAAUUUGGAUGAUGUGGAUGAAGAAGAUGUAAAGUGCGAUGAAAUCGAUGCAUUCAGCUUUAAGAGUCACUGGAGCGAUAAGACCACAUGCAGCGUGCAAGUGCGAAUGGCAUCGGUGUCCUAUACACAUUGUCCCCGAUUUUUGCAAGAUGUAAAUGCAUGUAUAACAUAUUUCAAGAAAAGUUUGCGAGAGUUUUUGACUUCCAUCGGCAACAAGGCAACGGAUAUGGCUAAAGAAUUUGUGCAACAAAUCCGCGCAACGGAUGUCAGUGAUCAAACAAGGCCCGUGAAUCCACAGAAGAAUCGGCAUAACAAUCGAUUGGAUAUCAUCAUCAAUAGUCCCAUUAUUCUAUUGCCCAUAUCGAGCACUAGCACGCAUGUUUUAAUUGCAAAUUUGGGCAAAAUGACGUGUUCCAAUAUGAUUGUAAAUGACUCAAAUGAGUUUGACGAAUCCUACACCAUAAAGAUCAAAAACAUUUACGUAUAUUCGAUGACAAUUGACGAGCGUGAAAACUGCUUCAAUGUGCAUCCAUCGAAGAAUAAGGAUGCCAUUCCCAUACUGCCCGACACGGCCAUCACUUUGCAGCUUGCUGUGGGCUAUAACGAUGGAAACGGGAAUGGUGAGGAGCGAAAACUAGAUACGGUUUCAAUUGAAGGCAGCAUGGUGGAAGCCCUUAAGGUUUCGCUCAAUCGCAAACGUUACGAGCUCCUCAAUGAGUCCAUUACAUAUGCCACGAAUUUCUCCAAUGGCAAAGCGAAUGAGUUUACACACCCCGACCCAAGUGGAGUUAGCAUACCAGACUCGGAUGCCACAGAAGAGCACACCAUUAGCACUAUUAUUCAGUUUUCGGUGCCAGUUUUUCAAAUCAAUUUGCAGAACCAACACCACGAAGACCUGAUAAAUAUCACCUUCAAAGACUUCAACGUUAGGCAUCGCGUUAAGGGCUAUGACAAGGAUAUAGAAAUAAUACUAAAGUCCGUGCUGAUGGAGGAUCUAAAAUCGGACAAUGCGUCACCGUUCAGAAAUAUGGUGACAUCCGUAAAUCAUGAUAAAACCAUCAAAAAGAAAGCCUCGGCUUCAUCAUCGUGCCCGGACAUACCCACUCACUGUAACUAUCGGAAAAGCCGAUCCACUUCGGUGCCCUCGUGCUUCCAAGACAAUAAUCCAUUUCAAAAUCUUGAUGGUGCCAAGAAAUCUGAGUUCUCCAAGAAAAACGAUAAAGGCAACAAGAAGGGAGGUCAAACUUUGGUGACCUACAAUUCGCACAGAGGACGACCAGCCAAAGGCUCCACCGAGAUGGAUCAAUUCAGUUCGAUUCAAUUUAAUUGCUUGAAUUUGGCCAUUUGCGUGGAGCGUUGGUACACAGUAUUUGACUUUUUCGGUCUGAUAUCCGCAGAGAGCGAUAGUCACAAAGUAACACAGGAAAAGAAGCUGGUUAAAAAGGACCCAGACGAUCUCUUUAGCACGCUGAAGGUGUCUAUAAGAUCCUUCAACUUUACGUUGAUUCGAAAUGAUUCGCUCUUAUCGAGAGUGAAUAUGUCAAACGCUUUAUUUAGGAUCACCAAUGACCAGUUUGGUAAAUCAGUUGAGGGCCACUUGGGCUCUCUGUCGGUGUUUGACCUCACGCAGUAUGGAAACAUUUACAAGCAAAAGUUUGUCACCAGCGGCACAGAAGCAUUGAACUUCUUUUAUAGAAAAAAGCCGUGCGAUGUGGAUGAACUAAAGACGUUGGAUGUUGAUUCUACGUUGAAAAUCGGCAUGUCGGCAGUGCAUUAUAUCCACACAAAGAGAUUUGCAACAGAACUACAUUUAUUUGUGAAGGAUCUGCUGCAAUUGCAAACGCCUGUGAUCCGUAAGCUUAAAAAACAAAAUGUGGAAAACGACCAAAGUCUGCGGCCAACACAAAUGAAACUUUUCAUACAGGCGGACUCGCCGGUUAUCGUGCUGCCGGCAUCGUAUAACAACAAACAAGUAAUAAUUGCCAAUCUUGGGCAGCUUACGCUUACGAAUAGCUUCCAUUUAGCCAGCGAGCCAUGUAUCAUAAGCAAGAAGUUGAAUUCCGCAAAGACAAACGAGGUCUUGGACGUGAUUCGCAUCGAUUUGGUCAACAUUAAUUUAUUCUCGGGCGAACGAAGCUCAGUGAAGUCAGUGGAUCGAAUUAUCAUUGCCAAUAUGAAGUUUGUACGCUUGGGAGAGGAGUUCUUCAAGGAAUCCUGUUACCUCAACCUGCAGCUGGAGCGGAAUCUGUCAACGGAGAGGAUUCGCGUGUGCCCCGAUAUCAGCACGAAGGGAACCUUCUCCAAAGUGAAUGGCGUGAUCAACAUUGAGCAAUACAAGCUGAUUCGCAGCUUUCUGAAUAACAAUAUUGGAGAACAAAUAGACGAUGUGUACAUUAAGUACACCAACAAUGUCUCCAGCUCCAUUGAAAUGCUCUCCUCGAUUAGUUUGGUGUCCAAGAGUGAAGUGUCGCAGACAAUUUUGAACUUGAUUUCAAUACAAAUCCUACUGGAAGACGUUUCCAUAUUGCUGACUCUGAAUACGACACAAAAUACGCCCAUAGAGCCACUGGCAUGCAUUCACUUUAUCAAGUCGACGCUGGAAAUUGAUUUGUUCAGUGAUGGUUCGCAGGAUAUAGAUCUAAUAUCGACCAACAUACUGAUCGUGGACGAACGAAAUGGCAAGGCCAUUGGCAAUGAUAAUGUGUUUAGAAAUAUUCUGCAACCCUCAAAGAAGGAGACUGUCAGUGCGACGCCCAGAAAUGCUGUGCAAGUGGAAAUCCACUGCAGGAAGAAUGCAAAUCUAUCGAAGUACACCAUAAUGUUGAAUAAUAUGAGAGUGUUCGCUUUGAUGGAUAUUCUGGAACAGCUCAAAGCAUACUUGAUGGAGGAUUCGACGUCGGAUACUGGUGUGGCAAAUCCAAUAGUGCAAAAGCCGCUGCCCCAACCGAUUUCGGUCACAGAAUUCAUUGUGAAUAUUACAGACUCUGAGAUUAUAUUCACGGAGGACUGCAGUCGCCUGGAUUCGGAGGCAAUCAUAUUGAAAAGUACCACAGUAAUCUCGUAUAAGCCAAGUAGUGUCUCUGUUCCGGUAUCUUUGAAUAUCAAUCACUUGGAAAUCUUUUCGUGCACUCUCGACGAAGAAGAUGACAGUGCGCUGUCCAUCAUUGAUCCGUUUACACUAAACAUCGAACUGCGCAGCAAUUGCUUGAGCAUUCUCGUGCAGAAACCUUUGAAUAUUCGGCUAUCCUAUGUGGACGUGAAACUAUUCUCCAGAAUGGCAAGACUCCUGCCCGCGCAGACAUCCAGAGUGCAAAAAGUCAUAUCCAAAGACGAGUCUGAUCUGGAGAGAGUUGCGCCCCUUGUGGCCAUGGGAUUUCCCAUCAAUGAUUGCCUGUAUGCCAUGCAAAUAAACAAUUGGAAGAUCAACGACGCUGCUCUAUGGCUGUCCCAGCAGAAGCAAAACGCUACCAGAAACCCCGCGCUGGAACUGAAGGAGCUAGUAGUCGAUGCGAAUGUUAUUUCGGUAUUCAUAAUUGACGACUGCAUGGAUGCGGAUGUGCCACUGCUUGAGAUUUCACUCUCCAAGGUGCUGUUCAACCUGACUUUGAAGGCGAAGGAACAUCAGUCCAAAAUGCAAUACUAUAGCCUGGCAAAUGUCGACACAGAAGUUGCGCUAAAUUAUUAUAAUCGUCGCCUCAGUGGCUGGGAACCUGUGGCCGAAACGUGGGAGUGCAAUGCCAAGUGUAAAUACACCAAAGGACACGUGGAGAACAGGAAACGAUUCGAGAUUGGGAUCUUCAGCAAACAGUUGCUAAAGUUAAAUAUUACCUCCACAUUUAUAGAGCUGUUCCACAUGGUGCUGAAGAACUGGACCAACGAUUUCAAUGACAAUGGAGCCAAGAACUUCCGGCAACGUUCGCCGUUUAUUCCGUUUGCGCUGCAAAAUCUAACCGGAACGCCGCUGCUGUUCAAGCCAAUUUACGCACCACUUGGGGACAUGUCCUGUUCGGAUGUGCAUCAACUGGAGAUCAUUAAGAACUGGCACUCGGUGCCGCCAAACGAGACGAAAACCUUUGAUUUCAUACAGAAGAGCAAACUGCGGCACAUACACUCCCAUCAGCUGAAUUUGCACCAAAUAUUCGUGCAGAUUCAUGGCUGGACAUUGAUUGGACCACUGUCAGUGGACAAAGUUGGUGUUUUCUUUCGGACAACCAGCUUGGAUUCCCCCGAUUUGGCCACAAAGUGCCGAAUAAUCUUCGAUAUCUCGCUGAUUGGUUCUGCACAGAAACUGAUUAAAGUGAAAUCAUCAUUGGGGCUGAUAAACAAACUGGAUCGAAGUGUGUUUCUAAAGACAUCGCUGAGGAGUGACUACGGUGAUGGAUUGUCCUCCAUAAAUGUUAUCAAACCCAACGAUGAGAUGUCGCUGCCGCUUAAAUUCAUCGACGCUUCUAUUUACAUUGCGCAUUGUUCCAGCGAGAAUCAAGUGCUGUCUGGCAACUAUACCGACGAUAUUGGCUUCAGCAAUAGGGAGAUUUUAUGGAAACUGUGCGGCGACGACAACAUGCAGGAGCUGCAAGUGUGCUAUGAUAAAAAUCGAACAAUAUUGUAUACUCUAAUCAGCAUUAACAGGGAAAUCUAUCACUGCAAGGAGCCAACUUUGCCCGGGCACAAAAUCACUCUGCUGCCUCCAUUGAAAAUAAAUAACAUGCUCUGCUGCGAUCUAAUGUUUAAGAUACACGAAAGUGCCACGGGGAGGAUCAGUGCCUCGGAGAGUACCAAUAUUUAUAAUGUCAAUAUAUACGAGCCCUUUAACCUGAGCAUUACACUGGACAACUUCCAGCUGUCGGGCCACGUGAAGGUUCCCAGCAGGCACAUUGGCAUUGUUGAACCGAAAUUAAAGCUGAUCGACAUCAAGAAGCGGGAACUCCACUUACGCAUAUCUAUUCAAUCUUUUCAAGGCAAGGGCAUGGAGGUGUACAUAAGUGCGCCCGUUUGGAUCAUCAAUAAGACUGGACUCCCACUGAUUUACAAGCAAGAAGGCACCAACCACACGGCGGCCGGACAAUUCGAUGAGCACGAAACCGCACGACAAGUGGCACCGCUCAUGUUUUCAUUCUCUGAUCAAGAGGGAUCGCCGGCACUUGAAGUACGCUUGGGCUGUGCCUUUGGCAAUAACAAUUUGUGGUGCAAAAGCUUUAGCAUGCAUAAGGACCUCAGUCACAGGGAAUUGCGUGCGGAAAAUACCAAGGGGAGCUAUGCCAUAGGCAUAAGCGUGCGACGUGGCAGAGGACUAUAUGCCUGCACGACUUUUGUGACAUUAUCACCCAGAUUUCAUCUGCACAACAGAAGUGGCUACAAGCUGGAAUUUAUACAACGCUGCGAUAUUGAUCAGCCCAGUACGAGGAACAUAAUAUCAGCGCCAAUCGAUUGCAAUUUCGCCUUUCACUGGCCCAACUGGGAUCAGGAGCAGUACAUUUGUGUGCGCAUACCGGAUGUGGAGUGCUGCUGCUGGUCGAAGGGUAUACCCAUCAAUGAGGUGCAAAGUCUGUACAUAAAUGUACGAAAUGAUUGGAGUGAAAUGUUCUUCCUACGCUUGGAAGUCAUUUCCAAGGAUGCCACAUAUAUUCUGUUGUUCACGGACGCACGAACAUUACCCCCGCCGAUACGCAUUGAUAAUUGCUCUGAAGUUGCCAUUAAUUUCUCACAAAUGGGCACCAGACCAUCGUGGAUCACGCCAGUGCGUGCCCAAUCCUCGCUGGCCUAUGUACUGGAUGAUCCCUCGGGCACACAAACAUUGCUGGUGGAAGCACCGGGCGGAAAUAUGGUAGAAUUUCCCAUUAACAAGACGAACAUCAAGAGAUCCUUGACGUACUCUAACUUUAUCUACAUCGCCUUCCACGACACAUUCGACCGAUCAAGCGAGCACGAGCGAAAACCCGACCAAAUCUAUCAGCAGCUGGUCUUGGGUGUUCGAGGGAAAAAAGUUAUUAUAAUGGAGAAGAAUUCCGGUGAUCGUUCGCAGCUGUGGCUCAUGAACUCCAAUGGUCAAUUGGAGCAUGAAGGAUCCACGCCGCCAAUUCAGUCCAACGAGGCGAAUGCUGUACGCUUAGUGCUGGAUCUGGAGCGGCCACCCAAUCCCACAGAGUUUACCACUUUGGUGGUACGAACACCGAACAAGCAGCGCGUCACCACACAGACAUGGAGAUUCGAAAGUGGACGAUUAAUGUGCCAUGCCAACAUGUGUGUGCAGUCCCGCUGCGGUGCCCAGGGUCUGCAGCCCAACUCUGAAGCGGUUUUGGGUCGCAUAGAGAACACCAACUUGAAGAGAAACAAUCAAACCAUUCCAAUUGGACAACAUAUAGUGGCGCAAAAACUAAGACCUGGAUCGGGGCAAUUGGAGUUGUCCAUGAAGAUGGACGGUCCCAUAUGCACCAUCGAAAUUGGCGACAUAAAAACCAAGCAAAAUUCUGUAUAUUUAGCGCCCGAUUUAAUAUGGAUGCAUGCCUCGCUGAACAACAGACAAAUGGCAAACGAAACGAAGGUAUCAGCACAGCAUGAGUAUCAGAUAAAGGUGGAGCUGCUCAAGGGCAUUGGUAUUUCCAUAAUCUCACGUAAACCCUGCGAGGAGAUUAUGUUCAUCAGCCUGGAUCUCAUACAUUGUGAUUUUGUGCAGAGUGUGUUUGAGAAUUCGUUGGAUCUGAACAUUUCGUACAUACAAAUCGACAAUCAGCUACUGGAUGCGGGCACCCAGGUGGCACUACACACGUACAAUCCCACUGAACAGGAUCAACAGAAUAGCGCUGUGGUUCUGAAACUGAAAAUGUUACCCUGUCCCAACAAGAAUGCCAUCAUCUUCAAGUAUCUCACGUUGGACCUGAAGCCUUCGAUUGCGAAUCUGGAGGAGAAACUCAUACUGAAGGUUGCCUCUUUUCUCGGCUAUGGAAAAUCCAACAGGCAAAGCCUAAGCGUGGCCUACGAUUUCGAGAACUUUGAGGAGAAACUGAUACUCAAAAAUAUGAAAAGAUAUUAUUUUGAGAACCUAAAUAUUGGCUCAACUCAGGUGCGCCUGUCGGCAAGUACUUCUUCGAAGCUGCCCAGCGAAUUAUCAGAGACCAAAAAGAUAUUGGGACUGACGCUCAUCAAGUUCGAAGAUGCUUUAAUAGAACUCGACAGCUACUCGGAUAAAUUUCACUUUGAGACAUUGAAUGUUUAUCUGAAGGGCAUGAAGCGGCACUACAUAAACCAAGUCAAGUGGCACGCAGCUUCCAUAUUGGGUAGCGUGGAUUUUCUAGGCAAUCCCCUGGGAUUCGCCAACGAUCUCUCCGAAGGUGUCUCUGGAUUAAUUUUUGAAGGCUCCGUCACGAGUCUAGUCAAGAAUGUAGCCCAUGGCCUGUCGAAUUCCACAGCAAAGCUCACGGAAACAUUAUCUGACAGUCUGGGCAAGGUGGUGCUCGAUGAGCAUGACAAUGAGACGAGACUGCGCAUCCUGGAACCCCAGACAAACACUUCUGGCGGCCACCUGGCAGCAGGCUUGAAGGGAUUCGGAUUUGGCCUACUUGGAGGAGUGACCAGUAUUGUGCGACACACCUACGAUGGAGCUCAAUCGGAUGGCGUUCCAGGCUUUCUCAGUGGCCUGGGAAAAGGCCUAGUGGGCACCGUCACAAAGCCAAUUAUUGGAGUGCUUGACCUGGCCUCAGAGACAGCAAGUGCGGUGCGGGAAACGAGUCGAGGUACGGCGAGAAUUUCUCCGGACAGAAAACGGCUACCGAGAUGCGUGACUGGUGCCACUGGCGGACUUCUACCCAUGUAUUCGAGUCGUCAGAGCAAGGGACAGCAGUAUCUGUACCUUAUAAAUCGUCGGAACUUUGAUGAGAAAAUAAUAUCGUACGAACCGAAUCUGUGGAGCGAUAAAGAGGCGAGACUGCGUUUGCUUGUGUCCACAGAAUAUGUUCGAAUAUUCUCACUUACUGACGGAACUCCAAACAAUGUGCUUCAUUGCCACUUGAGUGAAAUACUCUCAUGCCACCCCCUGGUAACCAAUAUGGGUGCAACCCCAUCGACAAGCAGGCAAUCGUCCUGCCAUUACAUUGAAAUUUCAACCAAUCUUCCAAAGAUUACGAGGCCAAGGAUACGAUGUCGAUCGGAGGAAUGUGCUGAAGCUGCAUCCAGAUGCAUAAACUACGCAAAAAGUGUGUUUCAUGAACAUGAACAUGCCGUUUUAUAAAAAGCAAUAAGCCUUUUCGUGAUAAUACAAAAUUAGAGCUAAAAAGAGUGUAUAUAAAAUAUUUAUGGUUGCAGCAAUCGUUUUAAAUUAAAUGUAUGGGUUGCAGAAUGUAAUCGAAUCGAUUUUCGGAAAAGUACAAUGUGAUAGAAGAGCUAAGUUAAACAGAACUCUAAUUGUUUAAAUAAAUGAGAAUAUAAAAAAGUAAAAACAGAGAGCUUUAAAAAUGAAUGAACCAAGUUGGAAGGUCGAAAGAUAUACGAAACUCUCUUUGGCUGUUUUUACAUCUCUUUUGAUCUAAUUCUGAUAAGGAUAACUCUAUCUACAUCCGAUCAUUGGGUUUACUAAAUAAUUUAAUGAAU